AUGUCUUCUUCCAACGUCAGCCAGCAGAGAGAUAGAAUAUCUACACAGCAAUAUCAAUGUGAUCAAUGUGUCUUGUUUUUUGAUAACUACCAGAAGCUGCAAAACCACAAGAGAAUUCACAGAGGAGAUUCAGCAACAAUGACUGAAAUUGACCAGUCUAUUCUGGAUGAUGUUGACAUGUAUCAUGACGAAAAUGAUACUAGUAAUGAAGAUGAAUCUGUUAGCAAUUCAGAAUAUACUAUGGAGUCUAUGGAGCUUGAUAAUACUAUUUCAUAUAAGUGCGCAUGUAAUUUUGAGGACAGUGAGGGUGAAGCUCACAUUUACGACAGCAGCCAAAUCAGUACAAAUACUUUUACCAAGGCCGAGUUGAUGAGUAUUCAUCUGUCUCAAUUGAUGCUACAGCAUAGAAUUGCUAGAGCAGCAUAUAGAGACAUUGUUCAAUUUAUAAACACUGUCAUCCGAGACCAUGACGAUAUAAUGAUGGAUCACUAUCAUGUAGUGAUAUCGUUUUUUUUAGAACCUGGGGCUAAGAUAAGUCAUGGCAAAACUGUUGAUGCUUUGCUCAAGUCAAAGUCAAGUGUCAAGGGCCAUGAGUAUGAUGUCUGCUCUAGUAGUUGUCGAUUGUAUGGCAUUAAUGACAACCAGGAAUCUUGUGUUGACUGCGGCAAACCGCGAUACAAGACUGAUCCCGAUCAAAGUCAGACACCAGCCGCCAGUAUGAAACUUAUGUCAGUUGGGGAUAUGCUUUCUCAAAUGUUGGCAGAUCCAGCCACAAGAGAACUCCUCUGUUACAGAGCAAACCAGGAAUCUGUAGCUGGGAUUGGAAAGCUUGUGUAUGACCUGAUUACCGUCACCCUCACAAAGGAAACCAAAUUUUAUUAUACCCAUCCAGACAAUACCCUCAAUACCACCGAAUACCCUUUUCAUAUACCAAGAGCAGACCUUGUAACAAUUGGAAACUGUAUCACCAGCUCACGAAAAUAUAUACCCACCUCAUUUCAAGGCAGUUUUGACAACGUAUUUGCCAAGAUCGAUGGUACUCGCGCAGUGGACUGGCUUGACUUUCUCUUAUACCUUGUCCCCACUUUGGUCAUGCCUUAUUUACCAAAUAGGGCUGUCAAAACAGCUCUAUUAUCUCUUGUGAAAGGUUGCGCGCUUACCUUGCAAUGGAUGUUGACAUCAGAAUUGCUUGAUGAGAUGGAGUCAUACUUCAAGUACUGGCACUCGUUUUUAUACCAACAAGUCCAGAAUAAUACCCUAUCUCGUAGUGUUUUCCGACCAGUGCAACAUUACCUGGUCCGUAUACCCUAUAUCAUCAAGCAGCAAGGCCCCCUGCGAUGCUACUCCACUUGCUCAAUGGAGAGAGUAAUUGGCGACUUCUCGAAAUUGAUAAAGUCCAAAUCAAAGGGUGGCCAAAACGCCAGUUUUCUCGUCGAGCGAUUUGCGAUUCACAAUUAUACCAGCAUGGCAAUCAGCAUCUGUGAUGAAAUCAACCUCAUUUGGCCAAAGCCAUAUGGAAGAGAGAGCUACAUGGACCUUCCUAAUGAUCCUAGUAGUGCGCAGUUGUGGGAGCCAUUUCAUCAGUUUGUUAAUUUGAACGAUGAUUUGGUGGAAGGUGUAGGCGGCCCUAGUGUGAAGGAAGCUUUAUUGAAAUACUACCGGAGAACAACAGGCUUGACUGGCCACGAGUUUGGUGACUCUGUUGUUGUUGUAGCUGCACGUCUGUGGAUGGACUCGACUGUAUAUUCCUCAUGCAUGUACCGAAGAAAGAAAAACGAGACCAGCCAUGGCAACCAUUACGUGAUGUUUACUUGCCCCUAUAGAAACAACCGUAAUGUAAUUGUUCACAGCUGGCUCGUCAGUACAGUACAGUUCUACUUUCAGCAUGUAGAUUUCUAUGGCUUCCCACACUUUCUUGCUUUUGUGGAGGUCAUGAAGGAACAUGACGUGGCUGGUCAUGACUCAUCAGUACCUAUUGUCAAACAACGGUCACAAAGCACCCGUACACUAGGCCACCAAACGCAACCGACUUAUACAGUUAUAAGUGUAAAUGACAUUUGUCAUCAAGUUGGUCUGGUCCAAUACCCACCGAAUGGAAACCAGUUUUAUGUAAUCGCGCCCUAUUAUAUCUUUAACAACAACAUGCGCAUUACUAAAGGCAAUUUUUCCAUUCUGUAA